AUGAGUCAGGUCCGUAGGACGGAGGAGGCGUUUAGAUUAAAUAUUCCGCUCAGGGAGCUGGUAAUGGAAGGGAUUUUAUUACAUUGUGUAGGGUUAAUGGCUAAGGGCAGGGAUUACAGAAUGAUAGAGAAUGAAGCUUGUCCCAGGACUCAUCUGUCAAUGUCCAUAUAGACUGUAUUAAGUGAGCCAUGCCACACUUUGCAAUCAGCGCUGUCAGAGAUGGGUGCGGGGGGACUAGUUAAAGGGACAGCAAAGUGAAUGGUUGACAAGAAGACAAAGAGAGAUCACAGAUUUAUUGGAUUCAUUUAUCUUUAUAGCAAAAUUAUACUUUAAUGGAAUUUAUCAUAUAUUAAUAUUUUAAAUUCAUAUUUUAAAUUCAUAUUUAAACAGUUCUUUUAUCCUUGAAAUGCAAGGAGAAAACUGCUUAAUGCUAAUUCAUUCCCUUUAUACAAUUAUUAAAGCAUUGUGUGAAAUGCAGUCCAGACAUUAUUUGUGUGCCAAGGGCCGGGCUGGAUUAAGAGCCCAUUGGGUCUGGUGCUGAAGAUUAUGAUGGGGUCAAUUACAGAAUCUUAUCAACAGAAAACAGUACCCAAGAGGAGGAAACUCCCAGGAUUCAUUCAUGGUACUCCCUUGCUUUCUCCCCUCAACCAAAUCCAUACCUUCAACAUUAGCGUCCUGUGAAUUGGAACGCAGGUGGGCGGGAUAGAAGGAGGUGGGCCAGUGAAGCGAAUCACCAGCACUGCACAGGGGCAGAUCCAUCAGGGUAGAUCUGGCUGAAGAAUUGGAAGGUCGGUCUGGUAUAAAAGCACGCCUGCCAACUAAGGCAGACUAUGCAAACAGCGCUAUUUUAGCACCCUGAACUUGCAACCAACGCAUCUAAUACUGCGCUUGCUGCCAACGCAUCUAAUACUAAGCUUGCUACCAACACAUCUAAUACUGAGCUUGCUACCAACGCAUCUAAUACUGCGCUUGCUGCCAACGCAUCUAAUACUAAGCUUGCUACAAACGCAUCUAAUACUACGCUUGCAACCAACGCAUCUAAAACUGCGCUUGCAUCCAACGCAUCUAAUACUAAGCUUGCUACCAACGCAUCUAAUACUAAGCUUGCUACCAACACAUCUAAUACUGCGCUUGCUACCAAUGCAUCUAAUACUGAGCUUGCUACCAACGCAUCUAAUACUGCGCUUGCUGCCAACGCAUCUAAUACUAAGCUUGCUACCAACGCAUCUAAUACUACGCUUGCAACCAACGCAUCUAAAACUGCGCUUGCAUCCAACGCAUCUAAUACUGAGCUUGCUACCAACGCAUCUAAUACUGCGCUUGCUACCAACACAUCUAAUACUGCGCCUGCUGCCAACGCAUCUAAUACUGCGCUUGUUGCCAAUGCAUCUAAUACUGCGCUUGUUGCCAACGUAUCUAAUACUGCGCUUGCUGCCAACGCAUCUAAUACUGCGCUUGCUACCAACACAUCUAAUACUGCGCCUGCUGCCAACGCAUCUAAUACUGCGCUUGCUGCCAACGCAUCUAAAACUGCGCUUGCUACCAACGCAUCUAAUACUGCACUUGCUGCCAAUGCAUCUAAUACUGCGCUUGCUACCAAUGCAUCUAAUACUGCGCCUGCUGCCAACGCAUCUAAUACUGCGCUUGCUGCCAACGCAUCUAAUACUGCGCUUGCUACCAACGCAUCUAAUACUGCGCUUGCUACCAACGCAUCUAAUACUGCGCCUGCUGCCAACGCAUCUAAUACUGCGCUUGCUGCCAACGCAUCUAAAACUGCGCUUGCUACCAACGCAUCUAAUACUGCACUUGCUGCCAAUGCAUCUAAUACUGCGCUUGCUACCAAUGCAUCUAAUACUGCGCUUG